CUGCUCCUUCUCCUGGCGCUGCUCUGGGGCGCGCAGGUUUCGCAAGCGCUUGAUUACAUCCCAUCUUGGAAGGGAGAACAACAGAUGUACAAACUGGACAUAGGCUGGCCUAAAAUUCCAGAAUACUUCACUGGCCAAACAUUUUGUGUUGCUGUUGACUCUCUUCAUGGUUUGGUCUAUGUGGGCCAAAGGGGAGACAAUGUGCCAAAGGUACUUGUAUUCUCAGAGGAAGGCUAUUUUCUUUAUUCCUGGAAUAACACUGUUGAAAUGCCUCAUGGUAUCUUUGUAUUGAACACUGCAACAGAUAGUUCAGUAUGGAUCACAGAUGUUGGAGCAGGAAAAUAUGGGCACACUGUGAAACAGUACAGCCCUUCAGGUAAACUUCUGCAGGUCUUGGGCACGCCAGGUAAUGCUGGUUCCAGUUUGAUUCCUCUACAAUUUGAUCAACCAGCAGAGGUCUUUGUGGAGGAGAGUGGAGAUAUGUAUGUCGUGGAUGGGGACGGAGGAAUGAAUAACAGAUUGCUCAAACUAUCCAAUGAUUACCAAGAGAUAUGGCUGACUGGCACAAAUGGGACUGGCAUCGGUCAGUUCAAGAUUCCUCACAGCGUAACAUUGGAUCCUUUUGGACGGGUAUGGGUUGCAGACAGAGACAACAAAAGAAUCCAAGUUUUUGAUAAAGUCACAGGGGAAUGGCUUGGGUCUUGGAGCAGCUGUUUUUCAGAAGAUGGACCCUAUUCUGUCAGAUUUACUGCUGAUUACAAAUACCUGAUUGUAGCUCAGCUGAAUAUCAACCGGUUAGCAGUCUUGGCAGCACCACCAGUUGGCUCUAUUAGGGACUGUGUUAUGGUCAACACAAUCCAGCUGGCAGAUGAAACCAAACCACACCUUGUGGAUGUUGACAUGAAGAGUGGAGCAAUCUAUGUCGCAGAGAUUGGAGCCCAGCAAGUACAAAAGUAUAUACCCUUAAGCUGAUGGUUUCCCACAGCUGCCAUGGCACAAGCUGUGUGAUAUAUAAGAUCUAUGACCACAUUUCCUUGAGUUUUCUGUAGUAUCUAUUUCUUUUCUUGGGCAAGUGCAUAACAAUGUACUUCCAGAACUGUUGAGUUAAGAAUCUGUCCUGGCUGUGCUGCAGUCCUGGAGAAGUAUCUUAUCUUGAGCUGCGUCAUGAUUUAACCCCAUCCAGCAACUAAGCCUUCUCCAGACAGCCACUUGCUCACUCCCUCUCUACACUUCUAGCAGGAUGGGGAAGAGAAUCAUGAAAUAAAAAUAAUAAAGCU